AUGAUUAAUGCUACAAGGUAUAUUAAUGAAGUUACCUCCAUAGUUCCUAUGCUCAAAAUGCUGAGAGAUUCUGGCCGUGCUACAUUCCUGGUGACAAACAGUUUAUGGGACUACACAAACAUUGUGAUGAAUUUCCUCUGCGAGUCACGUACAGUGGAUGGUAGUAGAAAAUGCAAUUUCGACUGGCUUAAAUACUUUGAUGUUGUCAUCACUGGCAGUGCAAAGCCAAGCUUCUUUCAUGAUGGUAACCGUGCUAAUCUGUUUGAGGUAGAACUCGAGUCAGGGAUGCUAAUCAAUACUGAUAAUGGUUCUCGGCUUAGGUUGGUAUGCUAA